AUGAGUGAUCACUACGACGUUUUGGGAUUGCCCAGGGACGCCACCGAGGAUCAGAUAAGAGAAGCUUUUCGCCGGUUGUCCCUGCAAUUCCAUCCCGAUAAAAACAGGAGGGGAACGGAGCAGUUCCGUAGGAUCUACGAAGCUUACAGCUUCCUGAAGGAGCCCAGAAAUCGUGCUUCCAACGAUUCCGUCGCUUUACAGCCAACAAAUGUAGGAACCGUCGGUAUCGUGAAUGGGUUUGGCCAACUAGUUGAACUGACUAGGCGAUGGUUUCCAAUGCCCUCCGAAUCGAGUCCAGGGUAUUUCUACGAAAAGCUCAGAGUGGCUGUAUUUAUAGGAGGCGUGGUCGUGGGGGCCUAUGUUAGCUACAGAAUAUUUCAAAGUUCCCCUCCGUCCCCACCGAUCGCAGUUCCAGUUCCAGUUCCCGAGACCAUCAUUCCGCAAAGUGCCGUCCAGGAACUUAGUGAGGUGCACCCCGCCUCCUUGUGGACAUUGAUCUCUUGGCUAGCCGCUUUGAGAUCCAAGAGAAUAUUAGGACUCGGCAAAUUGGCUUCAGGAUCCAAUAUUCGGCUGUCUUCAAGGGCUCUAAAGGAGUCUUUAUCUUCGGCUGCCAACGUCGUUGCCAAAACGGCACUCCAAGGACCACGAGCCGUAACCUCUGCGAUUUCCAGUUCCUCUGUAAGCUCGGCAGCCAGUGUUGUUGCCAAAUCUUUGCCAACGCAACCCCAAAAUGCAUUGAAUUCUGCUGCGGAAGUAGUGGCCAAAACAUUGGCCCACGGUUCACAGGCCGUAGUAUCUUCAGCUUCCAAAACAGUUGUUGCUGAAGCCUUGAAUAAGGCAUCACACACAGGAUAUUCCUCUUUAUCUGCAGCUGCCGAAGUCGUCGCCAAAACGGCAAUCCAAGGACCACGUGCGGUAACCUCUGCGAUUUCCAGUUCCUCUGUAAGCUCGGCAGCCAGUGUUGUUGCCAAAUCUUUGCCAACGCAACCGCAAAUUGCACUGAAUUCUGCUGCGGAAGUAGUGACCAAAACAUUGGCCCACAGUUCACAAGCCGUAGUAUCUUCAGCUUCCAAAACGGUUGUUGCUGAAACAUUGAAAAAGGGAUCACACACAGGAUAUUCCUCUGCUGCCAAUGAUAUAACUAAGAAAACUGCCACUGGACUGCUCAAGUACUGGAAGUGGACCAUAGGAUCCAUUGGAAGGGGCUCUGCCGCCGUAAAUCCGGCACUAACGAACCUCAAGACAUCUGUAGUUAAUGGUGCAAGCAAUGGUUGGAAAUGGACUGAAUCCAAAAGCUCCUCUGCUGCCAAUGAUAUUACUAAGAAAACUGCCACAGGACUGCUCAAAUACUGGAAGUGGACCAUAGGAUCCAUUGGAAGGGGCUCGGCCGCCGUAAAUCCGGCACUAACGAACCUCAAGACAUCUGUAGUUAAUGGUGCAAGCAAUGGUUGGAAAUGGACUGGAUCCAAAACCAGCCCAUAUCUGUCAAGAGUAAACAGGGCAUCCAUGAAUGCUAUAAUUAACAAUUCCAGUUCAGUUCUGUCUUCUGCUGCCAAAAGUUCGACCAAAGUCAUAGAGAAAGGCACAUCGAAGGUUUCGAGUAUGUGGCCAGUUAACUUGACUUCUGCUCUGCGAUCUUCAAGCUCCUCUGCCAUUUCUUCAGUUUCCAGGGCUCUUACAGAAGUAAUCAAGAAACGAUCCCCAUCUAACCCCAUUUCUUCCAAAGCACAGACAGCAGCACCAGUGGGUGAAUCUAUCCCGAGUCCUCCAAGUACUUCAAAUCUUUCAGAGAACUUACCAACGACUCAAAAAGUGGUUCCAAUUUACAAAAUAAUCAUAGGUAUGGCUCCAUUAUGUAUUGCCGCAGCUUUUGUGCCCUACUUCUUACUACAUAAUAUAUUUUCACCACCAAAACCAGAACCUAAAAAGGAAAUUGGAUUUUAUUCUGCUGCCAAAAAUGCAAUGAAGAGCACUUAUGGCGGAGUCAGCAGUACCGUGAGUCCCGCCAUAACGGCUACUACAAAAGUUGCAGUUAAAGGAGCAACCACUGGUUGGAAUUGGACAUCCAAAUCUUUUACGAACACUGUAAAGCCGGCCGUAAGUGCUUCAGCAAACUCUGUUGCAAGUGUAGCAAGUACAAGCUGGAAUUGGACUGCAUCCAAAACUGGUUCAUAUCUGGUGUCUCCGUUAAAGAAAACCUAUAAAGCGACUUUGGACUGGGUAGCACCGCCGAAAAAGUAGUAAAUUACCUUUUUUUGUACAACGUUUUGUAAUAAAUCCUUAAAAAAAUAUAUUUAAGUAAGA